CGCCUCGGUUUGUUUACACUCCUAAAUGGAACUAAGAUAAAACUUAAAAACUUUGUACAAUGUUAAAUCAAAGUGAACCGAGUUGAAUCAAACUUCAGUUAAUGAUUUCUCAGCUCAUACUCAAAUCCCAUGGAUUUCAAUCUAAAUUCUCUUCUCCGCCACCAACACUGUACAUUCUCUUAUCUCUCCUCUCUUCUAAAUCACUCAGUUCCCACCACCGUUUCAUCCACAACAACCCUCCCUCUUCACCCACUCCGCCUCCAACGCCGCCGCCGCCGCCGCAUUCUUCCGUCAGUUCAAUCUGCACACUAAUCUGCGAAUCUCAUAACCAACAAACCACCACAUUCUCAGCAUUAUCACCUCCAGCUCUCAACCUUGAAAUAAACCCUGACACUCUAACCCAUGAACACGUCAUUAUUAUCGUUGCUUCACUAGCACGCGAGGCUGGGUCAGUUGUAGCAUUGAGUUUCUUCAAUUGGGCAACUGGGUAUUCAAAAUUCAGACAUUUUAUGAGAUUAUACAUAGUUUGUGCAACUUCUUUGAUUACCAACGGUAAUUUGGAUAAAGCUAGUGAAGUAAUGCAAUCUAUGGUUAAUAAUUUCUCUGAGAUUGGGAGGUUAAAAGAAGCUGUUGAUAUGGUAAUUGAGAUGCAAAAUCAUGGGUUUGUGUUGAAAACUCGGAUUUUAAAUUUUGUUAUUGGGGUUUGUGUUGAGUUAGAUUUGGUUGAUUAUGCAGAGAAACUGUUCGACGAAAUGCUUGAGAGAGGUGCGGUUCCUGAUUCUAGCAGUUAUAAGUUGAUGGGUGUUGGUUAUUGUAGAAUGGGUAGAAUUUCUGAUGCUGAUAGGUGGUUGAAGGCCAUGAUUGAGAGAGGUUUCGUGGUUGAUAAUGCUACUUGUACUUUGAUAGUUAGUAGUUUUUGUGAGAAUGGUUUUGUGAAUAGAGCUUUUUGGUUUUUCAAUAAAUGGAUUCGGAUGGGUUUGAAUCCGAAUUUGAUAAAUUAUACGUCUUUGAUUAACGGGUUAUGCAAAAAAGGGAGUGUUAAGCAAGCAUUUGAGAUGCUAGAGGAGAUGGUGAGAAAGGGUUGGAAACCUAAUGUGUAUACUCAUACGGCAUUGAUUGACGGGUUAUGUAAGAAGGGGUGGACUGAGAAGGCAUUUAGAUUAUUUCUUAAGCUUAUCAGAAGUGAUAAUUAUAAACCGAAUGUAUAUACGUAUACGUGCAUGAUAAACGGGUACUGCAAAGAAGAGAAGAUGAAUCGAGCAGAGAUGUUAUUGAGUAGGAUGAAAGAACAGGGAUUGGUUCCUAAUACCAACACGUAUACGUGUCUCGUAGAUGGGUAUUGUAAAGCCGGAAGCUUUGAAAGAGCAUACGAGUUGAUGGAAUUAAUGGAUAAAGAAGGGUUUGCUCCCAAUAUCUUCACAUAUAACGUGAUUGUCAACGAGCUUUGUAAGAAGGGAAGAUUUCAAGAGGCUUGUGAACUGCUCAGGAAGCAACUAAAAUGUGGAUUACAGAUUGAUAGAGUAACUUGUACCAUUCUUAUAUCUGAGUUUUGUAGGCAGGCUUAUUUUAACCAGGCCCUCGCAAUUUUCAGUAGGAUGAUCAAAGUUGGAUUAAAACCUGAUAUGCAUACAUAUAAUGUGCUGAUUGCAACCUUUUGUAGGCAAAAGAGGAUGGAAGACAGUGAGAAAUUUUUCAACGAAGCUGUUGGGUGUGGCUUGGUUCCAACAAAAGAAACAUACACAUCGAUGAUAUGCGGAUACUGUCGAGACGGACACGUCAGUUCAGCUGUGAAACUUUUCCGUAAGAUGAGCGACAAUGGCUGUGUAGCCGAUAGCUUUACUUACGGAGCGUUGAUAAGUGGAUUGUGCAACGAGUCCAAAUUAGAUGAGGCUUGUCAGCUGUAUGAGAUGAUGAUAGACAAGGGCAUGACCCCAUGUGAAGUUACGAGGGUGACAUUAGCUUACGAGUACUGUAAAAAAGGCGAUUCUGCUACGGCUAUGAUUAUUUUGGAGAGGGUCGAGAAAAAACUGUGGAUUCGAACGGCUAACACAUUGAUAAGGAAGCUUUGUAGUGAGAGUAAAGUUGGUGUGGCUGCAUUAUUUUUUCAUAAGUUGGUCGAAAAGGACCGGAAUGUAGAUCGAAUAACGUUGGCUGCAUUUACAACUGCAUGCUAUGAUAGCAACAAAUAUGCUCUUGUUUCUGACAUAUCUCAGAGGAUAUCUAAAGGAAUUGGUUAAAUUUGGUCUUGUUUCAUUUGUUGAAUUUGCUUCUUGUCAAGAAAAUCAGCUUAGAAGAAUGUUCCACAAGCAUGUUGUUCACAUGUUGUGCAGCAACUACAUAUGUAACCUCCAAGAACUUGGGAAUGGCUGAUACAAUUUGAGUUUGGUCACCUGUAGCUGGUCAAUGUAUAACUCUAUUUUCUAUCGCCCAAUUUCAUUUAUUUUCUCAUUAA